GGCAGAGUGAGGACAGAAGAGGCAGCAACAGCAGCGGCAGCAGCACUGGACCGUUUGUCUCAAAGAACAGCAGUGGACAGUUUUUCUCAGAGAGCAGCAGUGGACACAGAGCUGGGACUGAGGCCUGCCGUGGACCUCUGCUGCAGACACAGGAGACAUACGGCCACUUUACGCAGGGACAACAACAAGAUGGUUUGGUCCCGGGAGAGGGAGGCGGAGCGGCCCCAGCUGUCCGUCAUCCUGCCGCGGCUCUACCUCGGAGCGGAGAGCGACGUGACGCAGGAGCGGCUGGCCUCUCUGGGUAUCUCCUAUGUACUGAGUGUGAGCCGCUGCAGCCCCCAGCCCUCCUUUCUGCCUCGCUCCAGAUACCUUCGCAUUCCCAUCGAUGACUCCCUGUGGGACGACCUGCUGCCCUGGAUCCCACAGGCUCUGCACUUCAUAGAUGCAGCCAUGUCCUCCGGUGCCUCCGUGCUGGUUCACUGUGCAGCAGGGAUCUCUCGCUCCCCGGCUCUGGCUGUAGCUUACAUCAUGUACAGCCUGGGGAUGGACCUGGACCACGCCUACAGGUUUGUGAAAGAGCGCCGGCCCACCAUCUCCCCAAACUUCAACUUCCUGGGUCAGCUGCAGCACUUCCAGGGCACACUGAGCCAGAAGGCCUCUGGGGACGGCCUCCUCACCCAGCAGCUGGACAACCGUCCUCCAUUCAUCAGUGACAGCGUGAAGCACACUAACAGCAGUCACAAUGUGAAUUGUCAGGCUGACACCAGCGACCCAGCAGAGGUCAGGCAGGAACACACCAAGACUUUGAGCUGCACAGCUAACACACAACAGGGACACACACACUCAGUAGGGAAGCAGCGGCCCUCCCUGUCAGGGAAACUUCAUUUGACUCUUAAUCAAAACUGGCAGCAGGUCCAGACACCAUGUGAGCCUCCAGCUCCGAGUCCCUGUGAGACAGUCCGACCAGCAGCAAAGCCCACACAACUCCCAGCAGCCUCUGCUGCUCUAUCAGAGAAACGCAAAAGCCUCACCCUCCUUUUGACCCCUCUGGGAAUCUGUCCUCCCUCCCCAGCAAAGAGCAGCCAACAACCACCAGGCAGCACCACGUCCACAACGCUCCACAACAAGGAGACAGUUGAUAAGCCAGAGGCAAAGACACAGAGAGAGCCCGUCUCCCACAGGCAGGCAGAGGACACCCACAGGGAGCAGAGCCCCUCCCACAGCAGGUGCAGCAGAGGCGAGGUGAAGGAGCCAGGCCUGCUGUCACCCUUUAGCUUCACCCUCAACAAGCUGCUGGGCUGGGGGGAAAGGGUGCUGCUGGGAGGGGUGUUUGUCCCGGUCAGGAUGGGACAGCCGGUCCUGCCGUACAGGUGCUGAGGGGACAGGAGCCGCUGAUGCUGCGGAUGCUUCUUGUGUCAGUUUGACUUCUUUUCCACCCUCAUGGAACAGUUCUGUUCCAGGUCCCCCUGCUCAUUUUGAACAGUUCUGAGAGUUUGGAACCAAAAAUAAAUUGGUUCAGAACCCAAAAAGUUGUUUCUUAGCUGGAACCAAAAAAUAGCAGGUUUUCCUGUGCAAGUGCAAAUCGUGAUAACAUCAUUGGGAUUGUGAUAUUUUACAGACUGGAAAGAGAAAAUGAAGACGGCAACAAUUGAGAAGUCUAUUUAAAAACUUUAAGACAAAGUGAGCGUGCAGUGGUCUCAGUAAUAUUUGCUUCAUGCUUAAUUUUGGGGAUAAAAAUGAAUAUCUGUAAUAACAGAACAAAAAUUCACAGGUAAUCAAUAUAAUCUGCACUUCUGUCACUAUUGUUUCCUUCAGCUGUACAAUGUGCAAGAUCUGAUGAUGCAUCCUUCAUUACAACUGUUCUGCACAAAAGAGGUGGAAAUGCGGGCUGGUUCAGAUAAGGUUCUAAGAAUCAUGAAUGGAACCAGUUCAAGAACCGGAGCUCAUUUGGUGGAAAAGAGGGAUUUUUGUCUGUGCAUGUUUGUCAAAUUGAAACCAAACCACACAUACAUGGCCUAUACAUCCAGAAGUUCUCUAUUUAAUUAUUUAUUUAUUGCAGAGCUGAAUAUAAGAGGUAUACUGGACAAUAAACCUCCACACAAAUCUAUCUUGUUUAUGACCCACUGACAGUGGACAUCUUAUCCUGUAAAAUGCAGUUAUUUUAAAAGACUUUAAAAGACUUUUGGUACAAUGGUUUGAGAUGUAUUUACUGAUGAUUAAAGAUGAUAUUUCCACCA